AUGAAGACAUUUUCUAGCCCCAGCGGAUUUCUAUAUCUCAUUUUAAUUACAAUCACCUUAUUAUCCAAAUCUCUUGCCUUCUCUCUCUCCUUCCCUCGCACCCAAGGAAAGAGUCCUUCUAUCUUAGAGGCCCAGACUACAGAUCAUGAAAAUGAUGUUCUAUCUGAAGCUCUCUCCCGAGCAUUCCCCCCCUCGUAUGGCCACAAUCCAGCCUAUGUAGCAGCUCUUGCAGUUUUCCGUGAUCUCGAAUCGAAAACAUUCUGCCACAGGACUGCUGCAGCAUCCCUAGUUUCCGACUGCAGCACCAUUGAAGGUAAAAACGAUAUCCUCAAGAUUACUUACGCAGCCCAGCUGGCCGUUUGUGAGUUUGAAGCUACCGGAAUCAAGUAUCCUCGGGAAUGCCAGAGCUUGGAUGGUAGCCCGUUGCGAGAGACAAGAGUUAUGGAGUGCGUUAGGAGAUUGGAGGAGCGUCCGCAAUGGUGGACUACACUCAGUAAUAAUAUACAAAGCGCUGUUGUUAUGUGCUCAGCGGUCAGACACGAGAUCGAGAAAGGUACGACCUUGAUUCUUAUCAGCAGCCGUCAUCUUGCUAAUCGGGGUCAUACAGACGAGAUUCUGAUUCUCCAUAAGAACAUAACCAAGACUCAAAAGUCUCUAUUCUCGGCAUUGUCUACGUCUUUAGAGGAUGUUUGGGAGUCGAUAACAGCACAGAAAAGCUUCGGGGGUAUCUGGAAAACCACAUUAAAUGACGUGUUAGAUGAUCUGGCUGAGACCAGGGGGAAGGUUAUGGACGCGUUGAGGGAUGCCGAAGCCAAUGCUACCGGUAUCAUUAAAAGUUUAACCCAAGAACUAGAGAUUAGAAAGAAAGAACAAAUACAGACAGUUAGUGAGCUGGAUCAGGUACAGACAUCGAUCCCGAGAACAUUUGAAAUAACCUGA